AUGAUCGGGUCGACGAAGAAGUCGCCAGCUUCACGAUGGCGACUUAUUGCUAUCGCUUUGCUUCUACUUGGCAUAGGACUUGUUAUAUUUGGACUAGCAAUGCAUCUACUUGUCAUUCCAAUGUUUGUUCGUGACAAUAUACGAGAGAAUGCAAAACUGAUUGAAGGUUCACGGUUGAUGAACAAAUGGAUGAAACCAGAAUACGAAGUAUUGUACAAGAUAUAUGUUCAUUCAAUCGAAAAUCCUGAUGAAAUAAUGAAUGGAGCGAUACCGGAAGUGAACGAAACGGGACCGUAUACGUUUACAAAAACGAUGAACAAUAAGGUGAUCUCACAUGAAAACGGCAUAGUGAAGUUUAAACGAAUACUCACCUACGUUUUCAACGAGACUGAAUCCUGUUCCACAUGUGCAUUAGGGAAUCGGAUAUGGAUUCCCAAUAUGAUCUAUCAGGUCUGCGAAAUCCCAUUCAUGAACUUUGUGUGUGAUUCGAUACUCGACUUACCCGAUCGUAUUGGAAUGUUCUAUGAGGUGAACAACACGGCUGAUGGCGUCUAUGAGAUCCAUGACGGAGUGGAUAAUCCCAAAGAUCUUGGUAAAGUCGAAACAUGGAAUGGCAAGAACUCAGUCGAUCAUUCCUGGUAUGAACUUCGUAUUCUACUUGUGGCCAAUGUCCCCACUGGGAGUCACUUACCCUUUUCGUUGUCUCACUAUUGCUCUUUUCCCCAAAAAUGUCAAAAUGGCCAAAAAGUGUCUAGCUAG